AUGAAGGUGGAAGAUCAGGCUAGUCCCACGGAUGAGGAUAUCCUCAGUCAAACACAAGAUCCGUUGGAAAGGAGGAGAUUGCAAAACCGCCUUUCUCAAAGAAACCACCGUCGGAAGAUCAGAGAGCGCAUUGCAAAGCUCCAAGAGCGCGUCAUCGCCAACGAACUCAGAGCAGCAGCUGCUCUCAACGGAUGGAAUCAGGCGUAUAACCCUCCAUUGUUUCCAAGGUCUCACUCAAGCUCCUCGGAGAAUGACUUCGGGGUUACCUCACGAGAUGUCUCGCCUUUAAUCUCAGACCAAUGUACCUCAUUCAUGCCAUCAUAUCCCCUAUUCUCGCACUCGUGGCCAAACGACUUCAACACAUUCCCACAAAAUGGGUAUCAUGGCGACCUAUCUCAAUUCGCUGGAGUCAACGAAACAAGUCCAAUCUCUCCUACCACGAGCGCUUUAGCACAGCCAAGCCAUAGCAUGUCACCCCCAAGCUCUGGGCUUGGUGGCGAUACUUACCGAGAAAUGAUGGGCAGUCCGGAGACCUUGAUACCAGACUCCUGGUCCACCUCAGCGCCAAAUCAGCCGCUGUACUACGUUGCGACUGAAGCCGCAUUACCUCAAAUAAUUCAGGUCAUCAACACUAUGUCUCCUGAAUACAAAGUGAUCGUUCUGGUUCCUCCGGAGUCUACCGCAUCAGUUUCUAUCCCUUCUUUCCCCUCGCCGACCUCUUCUUACGGGACUGGUACUGCUCAUCACGGGCCUGAACAUAGUCUUGCAGCACAGCAGCCAAAUUCACAAAAUAUGACUUGUCUGUGUUAUCCUCGCAGCAUUUCUCCUGUACCUCAUACACAAUCCGCGUCUAGAGCGUGGCUAGGCGGGGGCCCAUAUGCGCACACAUGUCCUUUGCACAAAGUGGCAAAUCCAGAACCUCCGAGGGGAGGCACUCCCAUUAGGAUGCUGUGA